AUGUCAAGUUUUGAGCAGUUUCACAUCGACUUUUACCAGUCUAAUUAUACCAUAGAGGACCAGGAAGAAGGUUGCAACAGCUAUGGCUCAGACAAAAACCCCUGUGAAAGCAGAAAGCGCCAGGCAGAGGAGCAGCCUGCAGGCGGGGGGUUUGUGCCAUCAGACAUGCUGCUGUCCCCACAGCAGAGCUACUCGGGCAGCAUCCUGCAGCCAGCCUGCAGCCCCAACGCUCCUUCCCAGCUUGGUUACGUUGACGGAUUUGAUGAGGAACCUCCUUUGCUAGAAGAACUUGGGAUCAAUUUUGAGCAUAUAUGGCAGAAAACAUUAACAGUUCUAAACCCCAUGAAGCCUGCAGAUGGCAGCAUUAUGAACGAGACAGACCUCGCUGGACCUAUGGUUUUCUGUUUGGCCCUUGGAGCAACAUUGUUGAUGGCAGGGAAAGUUCAUUUUGGCUACGUGUACGGGAUGAGUGCCAUCGGGUGCCUUGCCAUGCAUGCCCUGCUGAACCUGAUGAGCGUCUCGGGAGUCUCUCACGGCUGUGUUGCAAGUGUGCUGGGCUACUGCCUGCUGCCCAUGGUCCUCCUGUCCUCUGCUGCAGUUCUCUUCUCUCUGCAGGGGACCCCAGGAACUGUGUUAGCCCUGUUUAUUAUUGGAUGGUGCAGUUUGUCAGCCUCCAAAAUUUUUACAUCUGCAUUGGCUAUGGAAGGACAGCAGCUCCUGAUUGCAUACCCAUGUGCUUUACUUUAUGGACUUUUUGCACUUCUAACAGUUUUCUGA